AUGGAUAGAUAUUUUUCUCCUCAACCAAGUUCUAGUUUUAAAGACAAUUCUCCCCGUCUUAUAGAAGAGUUUGAUGUGAAUUCACUUAAAUUCGAUCCUGGAGAAAGAAAAUCAAUUCAUGAAUAUCACUCUACGAUACGAGAUCAAGUGAGAAGACACUAUAUUCAACAAGGACCUUGUCAAUCGAUUCUUUCUCAAUUUCCUCAAACUAGAAUUGGCAUGAAAAUGCGUCAAUUUAAUUCGACAUGGUAUGAGCGUUCAUAUUCUAGGUGGAUGGAGUAUAGUGUGAAGAAAGAUGUUGUGUUUUGCUUGUGUUGCUAUUUAUUUAAAAAUGAUUAUGUGAAGGACAAUGCAAGUGACUUUUUCACGAAAACCGGCUUUAAGGCUUGGAAUCAUAAUUUGGAACGAUUUCAAUUACACGUUGGUGACGUGAAUAGUGUCCACAGAAGAUGUUUCAAUAAGAUGUUAGAUUUCGAAAAUCAAUCUCAAUCAAUUCAAGUUGCUUUGAACAAGCAAUCUGAGAAAAUAAGAAGUGAGCAUCGUACUCGUUUAAAGGCAUCAACUAAUGAUAUUGUGAGUGCUUGUGCACAAGAAACCGUGAAAGCUAUAAUUGAUGACUUGGAUGGAGAUUUUUUUGAAAUUUUAGUUGAUGAAUCCAAGGAUAUAUCACACCAUGAAAAAAUGGCCAUUGCAUUGAGAUAUGUUAACAAAAAGGGUAAAGUGAAUGAGCGAGUUAUUGCCAUUGUUCGUGUUGGUGAUACAUCGACCAAAAUGUUGAAGGAAAUAAUAUUCUCUGUGCUUAUGAGACAUUCUUUAAGUACAUCUAAAAUACAUGAACAAGGCUAUGAUGGGGCUAGUAACAUGCAAGGAGAGAUGAAUGGUCUUAAAGCUUUGAUUUUGCAAGAAACUCCUUCGGCAUAUUGCAUCCAUUGUUUUGCUCACCAAUUACAAUUGACACUUGUAGCCGUUGUCAAAAAACAUUUUCUUGUGAAUGAUUUUUUUGUUAUUAUUACUAAUGUGUUGAAUGUGGUAGGAGCAUCAUUUAAGCGCAGAGAUCAACUUCGGGACCAUCAAGCAGAAAUUUUGGAGCAACUACUAGAAAGUGGUGAAAUUCAAAGUGGAAAAGGGUUAAAUCAAGAACGAGGACUUAAAAGGCCAGGUGACACUCGUUGGGGAUCACAUUUUAGAUCAUUGAAUAACUUCAUUAUUUUAUCUUCAUCUAUAGCUCAUGUGCUUGAUGCGAUUAAAUGUGGAGGCUCUAAUCCUAAUGAUAGAUUGCAAGAAGGAGCUUUUUUGACUAUGAUCAAUGAAUUUGAAUUUGUUUUCUUGCUUUACUUGAUGUUGAAGAUAUUGGUGAUGUCCAAUGAGUUGAGUGCAUCAUUACAAACAAAAGAAAAGAUAUUGGCAAUGCUAUGA